GGGGUAGAACGUUCCAGAGAUGAGCAAACAUUUUUUAUACAUUUCACCGCUCCUGUCACUACAACGUGCUAGUGGCGGAUUCACCGGGCUAAACUGCGACACAGAAAAGCCAGAGUCUUUUGAACAUCACUCAAAAAGAUAACACUUGAGUUCUGAGGAUCAGCUGUUUCCAAACAGACUGAACAAUGGACAGCCAAGUGACAGUGGUCUCCAAUCCUCUUGUGGAGGUGUGCAUAACCAGCACCAUCCACUCCUCUGAGGUGGUGCGCAGGUUCAAUAGAGGGAUUACUAUUGCAGAACUGAAGCAAAAGUUGGAGAUGAUUGUGGGCGCACCUGCCUCCUUCAUGGACCUGGAGGUUUUAAGUGUCUCAGGCAAGUUCCUGCAGAAGAUGGACAAUGAUGAGGCUUUGCUGGGCUCCUAUCCUGUGGAUGACAACUGCACAAUACAUGUUAUUGAUAAAAGUGGAGGACAGAUGGGCGAGUUUAGUGACGUUUCCAAAGUGGAGAAGUUUGAGCUUUCAGACGAAGCUUAUGAUAAGAAAACAGACUCAGCAAGGGCAUUCAUGAAGAGACAAGGCAUUGGUCACUUCAAUGAUGAAAAAAUGGCUAAGAAGAAAGCUGAGCUUGCUGCUCGGGAGGAGGAAAAUAAGGUUGCAGCCGAAGCCAUUUCGGUUGGCAGUCGAUGCCAAAUUCAGGUCCCUGGGCAACCCACAAAGCUUGGCACAGUUAUGUAUGUCGGUACAACAGAUUUUAAGCCAGGCUAUUGGGUGGGUGUGAAAUACGACGAGCCUCUGGGAAAGAAUAAUGGAAGCGUUAAUGGGAAGAGAUACUUUGAGUGUGAGACCAACUAUGGUGCAUUUGUGAAGCCCUUGAAUGUGACUGUGGGAGACUUCCCAGAAGAGGACUAUGGUUUAGAUGAGAUGUAAGAAGUUUUAAGCAUGACGUUUCAGUUCUCAAUUUACCAGCCUGGAGAUCAUGAACAGUCUUGAUGCAAAGGCAUUUUAACCUCAGUAAUGUUGGCUACAAAACCCAAGUUGAAAAAGUUGAUUGUCAGGAAGUAGAGAGUUUGACUGAUAAAGGCCAAUAUAAUAUCAAUAGUUUGAAUUGGUUGAUGGUCCCUUUACCUCUUCCCUACCCAAGAAAAUAAAGCAUCGCAAAUGAAAAAAUGUCAGUUAAUGGCAUGAUAUUCUAGGAAGGUUUGUGAUAAUAUAUGCUUGUCUAUAUUGAAAAAUACAAAAUGAUGCAAUGUUUUAUCGAAGAUUGUAGGCUGUAAAAUGUAAAGUGCAAAAAGAAAUUAAGUUCAUUAGCUGAUUAAUAUUAAAUUAGUUGUGCAUCUAAUACAACAGAGUGAUGGCAGAAGGCCUUUUGUUGGUGGAGUGGAUGUGUGUUUGUGAUCAAAUUAAGGGGUUCCUUAAAUGCAUCUUGUAGCUGCUCCUCUAAAGCUCUUUUCCUGAGAAAUCAAUUCACCCCAAUUGUGUUUUUUUUCUCUGUAAAAUAAAACAAAUGAUCAUUCCCUGUUCGGGGAAUCCUGUUGGGGUUUGCCAUCUCUUCAACUCAUCAUUAGACAACCUUCUCCAGCAUAAGAAAAACUGAUACGCAUGUUGCUGUAAACCUCACCAUACAGUCCAUACAGGAAAAACAAAUUAGUAAGUUCUUAGCUCAGCGCACACAGGAGUUGUCUGUCCCAAUUGUUAAGUUCAAUUGUGUUGUUUUGCGUUUUAAAGUGGAGAAUUGCCUUCUGACUUCAGAUUCUGCAAUCUGUUAUGUAGAUUAGGCUGAAGCACCAACAUUUUUUUUCAUCCCUUGUCUCAAAAAGUCUGCAGUGAAGUUUAAAGAAAUGAAAAUGCUCCUGGAUCUGGAGUGAAGGUGUUGAAUAUUUGUUAUCAUAACAUUUUCAGAACAAGUGGCUCUUGAAUUCACAAAUUCUAUUUAUUGACCCACAAUUAUUUUUCUAGGUUUGCUGCUAGCAUUAGUGACCAUGCCUGUAAGUAAAGCCAAGUCAGCAUGUUCUCAGCAGAGCAGAAGUAAAAUGCCACAAUAAUGCCAAACUGUAACCAAAGAGCUGAAACAAUUAAUCGACAACUAUUUUAAUAAUCGGUUCAAAGCUUUUUCCAUGAUUAAAUCAAGAUUUCCGAUUUGUUUAAGCUUCAUUUCUUAAACAAAGAAAUCAUUUAAAGUUAAUCAUUUUGGUUUGUGGACAAAAUAAGACAUUUGAGAACAUCAUAAUCUUAAGGUUUGGCGAACACUGAUCAACAUUGUUUUAAGGUUUUCUGAUAUUUUAUGGAACAAGUGAUUAAUCGAGAAGCCAUAAAGUUGUCCCAUCUAAAAUUAUAUAUUUGUGAUCUCUGGUACACUCCAUACACUUCAGUUUAAUGUUCUGCCUUUAGCCGUACUUGUUUCUGCCAUGCUUUCUCAAGAUGGAAGUCUACAAUGUAUGGAUAUCAACAAUUUUCUUAUUGUUUAGUUUACACUGGUUGUGUACUGUACAAAGACAAUUGUAUAUAACUGUGAAUAUUUUUCUGUAAUGUUAACAGUUUUUGAGGACUGUAAAUUGCCAAGAGUGGUUCCAAAAUGUACCCUCAAAGACAAAUUUAGCCUAAAAUAUUUUUGACACUAAAUCAAAAUUCGCAGUGUCCCUGUGAGUUAUAGUGGACAGACAUUUCCAAUCAUUUAAUGAGAUCAGUAACAAAUAGCCAGUCAAGAAAACUGGGUAUGCAUCGCCCUUGUGUUUAAUGCUUAUUUCACUUUAUUUGAGGUGAAUGUAGUGUGUAAAACAGCUCUAUUUAGGCUUCAAAUUGUAUAUUUUACUGCUCCUCCUGUACUGCAGGUUUUGAUAGUGUACACGUCUGAUGAAUGAUAAGGCCCAUUUAUCAUGUGCUAUUGUUCCAAAACUGAUCAUGCUUUUUUAUUAUCUAAGACAAAUGUCAGUGGAAUGCUGUUACUACAGGUGCUGUUUUCUUUUUCUUUUUUCUUUUUUUUUUUUACAAAACUCUAAUCUUUGUGAUGCUGGAUUACUGUGUGCCAAUUUAUGCUUAGUCUAAUAAAUAAACACUUCUUGGUAUAGCA